AAUAUUAAUACCCUCCCUCCCUCCCUCCCUCUCGCGCUCGUCGACAAAACAAAGCAAACCCAAAACCGCACUGUACAAACACACAGAGAGACACAAAGAAAAAAUGAGCACGCCUUCUCCGAUCCUGAAAAGGCCAAAACUAGAGCAGCGAAACAACGACGACGAUAAUGAAGCGUCGCUAAAUCAAAAAUCGAACGAGAACAACGGCAGAGAAGAAGAAGAAGAUAGCAUAGAAGAGCAAAAGGUCGCUUUCAUUGCUUUAAUUGAACACCGCUCUCAUGAAGUCCAACAUCUUAAGCAACGACUUUCUUAUUAUAAAACUCAGCUUGUUGAAGCGGAGAAGAGGUUAGAGGAUUCUCAGACGAAAUUGGCUCGGUUAAGUGGAAGAAGCAAUGCAUCAGUGGCGAAUAAACCUUAUGUGGAGAACGGUAUCAAGAAAGUGAAGAUGGAGCGGAAGUCGCCAAGUCCGGUUCGUUUGAAUGAAGCUUCUUCUAGCAGUCAGCCUCAAUCUAGAACUGAACUUGUGAUUCCUGCUGUGAAUCCGAAAGUUCCCCAAACAGUAAAAUCGGUGGGUUCUGGUGCGAGGAUUUCAUGUGGUUCUAGUGCUCAUCUGAGUUCUCUUGCUCCUUCUAAUGGUGUUGUAAAUGUGAAAGUAGAAAAACCUUAUAGUGCUGCGAAUGUGAAAGUGAAGAUGGAAAAGUGUCACAGAAGUUCUUCUGAUGUUGAAGUUGUUGAAAUUCAGGAUCGAGGAAAUAAAAGGAAGAUUGAACAGAAAGAACACAAGGAAUUGAUUCCGCUGGUGUCUAGGAGCUCUGCUCCAUGCACAGUCCACUGCCAUACAAGUAAUCAUAUCUCUAGUCAGCACAAAAGAAAGUUGAGAAGUGUUGCUGUAUGUCCGGUGAAUGAUCAGCUUUUUGUAUCCAGUGCUUUAGAUGGAAUGAUCAACCUAUGGCAACUACAAGCUAGAGGGUCAGGUGCCUCUCUGCUUAGCACCACUGAUAGUGUGUCUCCAGUGCAACGGCGAUGGCCAGAAGAUAUAGCUUGGCACCCUCUGGGAAAUAGCUUAUUUUCUGCUUACACUGCAGAUAGUGGGGAUGCUCAGAUAUCAGUUCUGAAUUUGAAUAAAACACAAGGGAGACCACGGGUAACUUUCUUGGAGGACAGACCUCAUAUUAAGGGUAUUAUUAACGGCAUAGAGUUCAUGCCUUGGGAAAAUACCUGUUUUGUCACUGGUGGCAGUGAUCAUGGUGUUGUUCUUUGGAAUGAGAAAGAUGAAGAGAACUCAUGGAAGCCAAAGGCAUUGCACAGGAAUAUGCAUUCUUCUGCAGUCAUGGGGGUUGCUGGGAUGCAGCAAAAGCAGAUUGUACUGUCUGCUGGUGCAGACAAGAGAAUUGUUGGGUUUGAUGUGCAAGUUGGGAGAGCAGACUUUAAACAUCAACUCGACAGCAGAUGCAUGAGUGUUCUGCCAAAUCCAUGCGACUUCAAUCUAUUCAUGGUCCAAACAGGGACUCUUGGGAAGCAACUUAGGUUGUUCGAUAUUAGAUUGAGGCAAACGGAAAUUCAUUCCUUUGGGUUUAAACAAGAAAGUAGUGACUCUCAGUCAGCUCUGAUCAAUCAAGCUUGGUCUCCUGAUGGUUUGUACCUCACAUCUGGUUCGGUAGACCCUGUGAUCCAUGUCUUUGAUAUCAGGUACAAUUACCACAAGCCAUCCCAGUCCAUAAAAGCUCAUCAGAAACGAGUCUUUAAAGCAGUAUGGCAUUAUUCCCUCCCGCUUCUGAUUUCCAUAUCUUCUGAUCUGCACAUUGGACUGCACAAGAUCAUAUAACCUUUGUAGCUGUGUUUCAUGCAUUUUGUGCAAUUCCUUUUGUUGUUCAUGUUGGCUGUGCUCCUCAUUUUGCUUUGGGCGGAAGUUCCAUGAUUUGUUUUCAAGAGGAACAGCUUAUCUUAGAGCAUUUUUGGGUCGAGACGCAAGUUUGCCAUUGAAAUGUGAGAGAAAGAUAGAGAACUCGAGGGGAACGAACCAAUAGUGGCCAAAUGGAUAGAUUUCAGCUGUGGGCCUUGAUACAUGUUCUAGGUGGCCAACAUGAUUUGAAACGAACAAGCCAUUCACUCAAAUCUUUUUCCCUCACUGCUGGAGGUAACAACAGUCUCCACGCCCAAUUUUCGAUUUUCUAGUAAUGUCCCGCGUCUGUCUGAGGUAACAAACUGGCCUGAUGAGAUAAAUACAAGGAGAUGCGCACUAGAGGCAUUAUCCAAACUUGAUUUUGUUCACUUGAAAUUAUUGGCAUUAAAUGUCAUUCCUUUCAUAAAUCCAAUGGUCGUCUUAUAUC